AUGGACUUAACACAAUUAUGUAGUAAAAAGGCCUAUGGAUUUAACUCAACAAAUUAUGAAAAAGAAAAUGUUGUCAUGCUCGACUUUUACGAGGUUUUGUUACCUGGUGUAUAUCUUUUGAGAAUGGAUUUAAUUAAUAAUAAUUUCACAACAAACUCUUCCGAAAUUUCGUUCAUAAAGGAAGGAGAAGAUAUGUGGUUAAUGGCAACAGAUAUUCAAACAAAAAAACAGCAAAUAUUUCCGUAUUGGAACAAUCCAGAAUUGAGAAUUAGUUUCGAUAUUUCUAUAAACCAUCAUCGACAACACACAGUUUUGUCAAAUAUGCCGAUACAAGUAUCUAAACCGGAGCCUAAUAAUAUGACAUCGACAUAUUUUCACACGACUCCUUUGAUCUCCAUGGAUAGUGUAGCAUUAGUAGUAACUAGUUAUCAUCGGAUCAAUAAUGUGACUAACAAUAAAACUGUUAGCAUGUUGUACAGACCGCAAUUGAAAUCGCAAAUGGAAUUUGCGCUGUAUAUUGUUGAAAAUAUUACUAGAUACUUACAAAAUAAUUCGAUAUGUGAAAAGACUUAUGUUUUGUUUGAAAAGAAAGUGGAUCAUGUAGCAAUCUUGGAUUUAAAAGAUCAAGUCAAACAGAAAUUGGGAUUUGUUUUUUACAGGUAA